AUGGACCGAAGGCGGCGAUGGAAUUCUAGAAAACGAGCCCUGACGUUUGGUCUCAUUGUGAUCAUUGUCAUUGUUGUAUGCGGAACGAGUCUCGUGGGAGCCGACCAGGUCAGCAAUUUUGCACAACUCGAGACAAAUGUUCGUCUCCCAAAUUUAAAUCAAACGACUAGAGACUUGAGGGCCAGUGCUAGCUCCAUAGCGAACGCUAAUUUAGAUGAUACAGACAAAGACGGUAAUUUAGAUACUGCAGAUGCCAAGAUAGAUGAUGCAGGCGACGACGCUAGCUCAAAAUCAACUAUGAAAAAGACGUCCGAGUCGACAAAUGAGCCGACGACGGUAGAUGAUGGAAAUAGUAACACUGCUGACACUAAAACGACAGCAAUCAUGACACCAGAAACAACACCUUUGGCGUCUUCUCAUGCGAGUAAUAGCGCGUCAGAUUUAAGCACCACAACACAAACACCCCAGCCACCAAACACGCCCGAGGCGGUUACGAUACCGAAUUCUGGCUCAACUACAGAAGCCCCAACGUCUCCAACAAAUGCGCCUUUGCCGAUUGAUUUGACAAAACAGAUACCAUCGAUAAAGACUCCUACGACAUCCGUUUCUCUGGAAAGUGAAGGUAGCACUGGUUCGAACAAAGAACCUAGCACGGAUACACCGGCGGAGGCGCCUACGACGUCGGAUGAUGGUAGUGAAUCUAGUAAGGCAGGUUCGCCGCCAGAGACUCCUACGAAGCCGGAUGAUGGUAGUGAAUCUAAUAAGGCAGGUUCGCCGCCAGAGACUCCUACGACGCCGGAUGCUGACUCGGCUACAGAUGCGUUAACGAAGACCAAACCUCCAACGAAUGCGCUUUUGCCGAUUGAUUUGACAAAACGGCUACCAUCGAUCGAGACUCCUACGACAUCCGUUUCUUUGGACAGUGAAGAUAGCACUGGUUCGAACAAAGAACCUAGCACGGAUACACUGGCGGAGGCGCCUACGACGUCGGAUGAUGGUAGUGAAUCUAGUAAGGCAGGUUCGCCGCCAGAGACUCCUACGAAGCCGGAUGAUGGUAGUGAAUCUAAUAAGGCAGGUUCGCCGCCAGAGACUCCUACGACGCCGGAUGCUGACUCGGCUACAGAUGCGUCAACGAAGACCAAAUCUGCAACGAAUGCGCUUUUGCCGAUUGAUUUGACAAAACGGCUACCAUCGAUCGAGACUCCUACGACAUCCGUUUCUUUGAAAAGUGAAGAUAGCACUGGUUCGAACAAAGAACCUAGCACGGAUACACCGGCGGAGGCUCCUACGACGUCGGAUGAUGGUAGUGAAUCUAGUAAGGCAGGUUCGCCGCCAGAGACUCCUACGAAGCCGGAUGAUGGUAGUGAAUCUAAUAAGGCAGGUUCGCCGCCAGAGACUCCUACGACGCCGGAUGCUGACUCGGCUACAGAUGCGUCAACGAAGACCAAACCUCCAACGAAUGCGCUUUUGCCGAUUGAUUUGACAAAAAAAUUACCAUCAAUCGAGACUCCUACGACAUCCGUUUCUUUGGACAGUGAAGGUAGCACUGGUUCGAACAAAAAACCUAGUACGGAUACACCGGCGGAGGCUCCUACGACGUCGGAUAAUGAUAGUGAAUCGAAUAAGGCAGGUUCGCCGCCAGAGACUCCUACGACGCCGGAUGCUGACUCGGCUACAGAUGCGUCAACGAAGACCAAAUCUGCAACGAAUGCGCUUUUGCCGAUUGAUUUGACAAAAAAAUUACCAUCGAUCGAGACUCCUACGACAUCCGUUUCUUUGGAAAGUGAAGAUAGCACUGGUUCGAACGAAAAACCUAGUACGGAUACACCGGCGGAGGCGCCUACGACGUCUGAUGAUGGUAGUGAAUCUAAUAAGGCAGGUUCGCCGCCAGAGACUCCUACGACGCCGGAUGCUGACUCGGCUACAGAUGCGUCAACGAAGACCAAAUCUGCAACGAAUGCGCUUUUGCCGAUUGAUUUGACAAAAAAAUUACCAUCGAUCGAGACUCCUACGACAUCCGUUUCUUUGGAAAGUGAAGGUAGCACUGGUUCGAACAAAGAACCUAGCACGGAUACACCGGCGGAGGCGCCUACGACGUCGGAUGAUGGUAGUGAAUCUAGUAAGGCAGGUUCGCCGCCAGAGACUCCUACGAAGCCGGAUGAUGGUAGUGAAUCUAAUAAGGCAGGUUCGCCGCCAGAGACUCCUACGACGCCGGAUGCUGACUCGGCUACAGAUGCGUCAACGAAGACCAAAUCUGCAACGAAUGCGCUUUUGCCGAUUGAUUUGACAAAAAAAUUACCAUCGAUCGAGACUCCUACGACAUCCGUUUCUUUGGACAGUGAAGAUAGCACUGGUUCGAACAAAGAACCUAGCACGGAUACACCGGCGGAGGCGCCUACGACGUCGGAUGAUGGUAGUGAAUCUAGUAAGGCAGGUUCGCCGCCAGAGACUCCUACGACGCCGGAUGCUGACUCGGCUACAGAUGCGUCAACGAAGACCAAACCUGCAACGAAUGCGCUUUUGCCGAUUGAUUUGACAAAACGGCUACCAUCAAUCGAGACUCCUACGACAUCCGUUUCUUUGGACAGUGAAGAUAGCACUGGUUCGAACAAAGAACCUAGCACGGAUACACUGGCGGAGGCGCCUACGACGUCGGAUGAUGGUAGUGAAUCUAGUAAGGCAGGUUCGCCGCCAGAGACUCCUACGAAGCCGGAUGAUGGUAGUGAAUCUAAUAAGGCAGGUUCGCCGCCAGAGACUCCUACGACGCCGGAUGCUGACUCGGCUACAGAUGCGUUAACGAAGACCAAACCUCCAACGAAUGCGCUUUUGCCGAUUGAUUUGACAAAAAAAUUACCAUCGAUCGAGACUCCUACGACAUCCGUUUCUUUGGACAGUGAAGGUAGCACUGGUUCGAACAAAGAACCUAGCACGGAUACACUGGCGGAGGCGCCUACGACGUCGGAUGAUGGUAGUGAAUCUAGUAAGGCAGGUUCGCCGCCAGAGACUCCUACGACGCCGGAUGCUGACUCGGCUACAGAUGCGUCAACGAAGACCAAACCUGCAACGAAUGCGCUUUUGCCGAUUGAUUUGACAAAAAAAUUACCAUCGAUCGAGACUCCUACGACAUCCGUUUCUUUGGACAGUGAAGAUAGCACUGGUUCGAACAAAGAACCUAGCACGGAUACACCGGCGGAGGCUCCUACGACGUCGGAUGAUGGUAGUGAAUCUAGUAAGGCAGGUUCGCCGCCAGAGACUCCUACGAAGCCGGAUGAUGGUAGUGAAUCUAAUAAGGCAGGUUCGCCGCCAGAGACUCCUACGACGCCGGAUGCUGACUCGGCUACAGAUGCGUCAACGAAGACCAAACCUGCAACGAAUGCGCUUUUGCCGAUUGAUUUGACAAAAAAAUUACCAUCGAUCGAGACUCCUACGACAUCCGUUUCUUUGGACAGUGAAGGUAGCACUGGUUCGAACAAAGAACCUAGUACGGAUACACCGGCGGAGGCUCCUACGACGUCGGAUAAUGAUAGUGAAUCGAAUAAGGCAGGUUCGCCGCCAGAGACUCCUACGACGCCGGAUGCUGACUCGGCUACAGAUGCGUCAACGAAGACCAAAUCUGCAACGAAUGCGCUUUUGCCGAUUGAUUUGACAAAAAAAUUACCAUCGAUCGAGACUCCUACGACAUCCGUUUCUUUGGAAAGUGAAGAUAGCACUGGUUCGAACGAAAAACCUAGUACGGAUACACCGGCGGAGGCUCCUACGACGUCUGAUGAUGGUAGUGAAUCUAAUAAGGCAGGUUCGCCGCCAGAGACUCCUACGACGCCGGAUGCUGACUCGGCUACAGAUGCGUCAACGAAGACCAAAUCUGCAACGAAUGCGCUUUUGCCGAUUGAUUUGACAAAAAAAUUACCAUCGAUCGAGACUCCUACGACAUCCGUUUCUUUGGACAGUGAAGGUAGCACUGGUUCGAACAAAGAACCUAGCACGGAUACACCGGCGGAGGCGCCUACGACGUCGGAUGAUGGUAGUGAAUCUAGUAAGGCAGGUUCGCCGCCAGAGACUCCUACGAAGCCGGAUGAUGGUAGUGAAUCUAAUAAGGCAGGUUCGCCGCCAGAGACUCCUACGACGCCGGAUGCUGACUCGGCUACAGAUGCGUUAACGAAGACCAAACCUGCAACGAAUGCGCUUUUGCCGAUUGAUUUGACAAAAAAAUUACCAUCGAUCGAGACUCCUACGACAUCCGUUUCUUUGGACAGUGAAGAUAGCACUGGUUCGAACAAAGAACCUAGUACGGAUACACCGGCGGAGGCUCCUACGACGUCGGAUGAUGGUAGUGAAUCGAAUAAGGCAGGUUCGCCGCCAGAGACUCCUACGACGCCGGAUGCUGACUCGGCUACAGAUGCGUCAACGAAGACCAAACCUGCAACGAAUGCGCUUUUGCCGAUUGAUUUGACAAAACGGCUACCAUCGAUCGAGACUCCUACGACAUCCGUUUCUUUGGAAAGUGAAGAUAGCACUGGUUCAAACAAAGAACCUAGCACGGAUACACCGGCGGAGGCGCCUACGACGUCUGAUGAUGGUAGUGAAUCUAAUAAGGCAGGUUCGCCGCCAGAGACUCCUACGACGCCGGAUGCUGACUCGGCUACAGAUGCGUCAACGAAGACCAAACCUCCAACGAAUGCGCUUUUGCCGAUUGAUUUGACAAAAAAAUUACCAUCGAUCGAGACUCCUACGACAUCCGUUUCUCUGGAAAGUGAAGGUAGCACUGGUUCGAACAAAGAACCUAGCACGGAUACACCGGCGGAGGCUCCUACGACGUCGGAUGAUGGUAGUGAAUCGAAUAAGGCAGGUUCGCCGCCAGAGACUCCUACGACGCCGGAUGCUGACUCGGCUACAGAUGCGUCAACGAAGACCAAAUCUGCAACGAAUGCGCUUUUGCCGAUUGAUUUGACAAAACGGCUACCAUCGAUCGAGACUCCUACGACAUCCGUUUCUUUGGAAAGUGAAGAUAGCACUGGUUCGAACAAAGAACCUAGCACGGAUACACUGGCGGAGGCGCCUACGACGUCGGAUGAUGGUAGUGAAUCUAAUAAGGCAGGUUCGCCGCCAGAGACUCCUACGACGCCGGAUGCUGACUCGGCUACAGAUGCGUCAACGAAGACCAAACCUGCAACGAAUGCGCUUUUGCCGAUUGAUUUGACAAAAAAAUUACCAUCGAUCGAGACUCCUACGACAUCCGUUUCUUUGGAAAGUGAAGAUAGCACUGGUUCGAACGAAAAACCUAGCACGGAUACACUGGCGGAGGCGCCUACGACGUCGGAUGAUGGUAGUGAAUCUAAUAAGGCAGGUUCGCCGCCAGAGACUCCUACGACGCCGGAUGCUGACUCGGCUACAGAUGCGUCAACGAAGACCAAAUCUGCAACGAAUGCGCUUUUGCCGAUUGAUUUGACAAAAAAAUUACCAUCGAUCGAGACUCCUACGACAUCCGUUUCUUUGGACAGUGAAGAUAGCACUGGUUCGAACAAAGAACCUAGUACGGAUACACCGGCGGAGGCUCCUACGACGUCGGAUGAUGGUAGUGAAUCUAAUAAGGCAGGUUCGCCGCCAGAGACUCCUACGACGCCGGAUGCUGACUCGGCUACAGAUGCGUCAACGAAGACCAAACCUGCAACGAAUGCGCUUUUGCCGAUUGAUUUGACAAAAAAAUUACCAUCGAUCGAGACUCCUACGACAUCCGUUUCUUUGGACAGUGAAGAUAGCACUGGUUCGAACAAAGAACCUAGCACGGAUACACCGGCGGAGGCGCCUACGACGUCGGAUGAUGGUAGUGAAUCUAGUAAGGCAGGUUCGCCGCCAGAGACUCCUACGAAGCCGGAUGAUGGUAGUGAAUCUAAUAAGGCAGGUUCGCCGCCAGAGACUCCUACGAAGCCGGAUGAUGGUAGUGAAUCUAGUAAGGCAGGUUCGCCGCCAGAGACUCCUACGACGCCGGAUGCUGACUCGGCUACAGAUGCGUCAACGAAGACCAAACCUGCAACGAAUGCGCUUUUGCCGAUUGAUUUGACAAAAAAAUUACCAUCAAUCGAGACUCCUACGACAUCCGUUUCUUUGGAAAGUGAAGGUAGCACUGGUUCGAACAAAGAACCUAGCACGGAUACACUGGCGGAGGCGCCUACGACGUCGGAUGAUGGUAGUGAAUCUAGUAAGGCAGGUACGCCGCCAGAGACUCCUACGAAGCCGGAUGAUGGUAGUGAAUCUAAUAAGGCAGGUUCGCCGCCAGAGACUCCUACGACGCCGGAUGCUGACUCGGCUACAGAUGCGUCAACGAAGACCAAAUCUGCAACGAAUGCGCUUUUGCCGAUUGAUUUGACAAAAAAAUUACCAUCGAUCGAGACUCCUACGACAUCCGUUUCUUUGGACAGUGAAGAUAGCACUGGUUCGAACAAAGAACCUAGCACGGAUACACUGGCGGAGGCGCCUACGACGUCGGAUGAUGGUAGUGAAUCUAGUAAGGCAGGUACGCCGCCAGAGACUCCUACGAAGCCGGAUGAUGGUAGUGAAUCUAAUAAGGCAGGUUCGCCGCCAGAGACUCCUACGACGCCGGAUGCUGACUCGGCUACAGAUGCGUCAACGAAGACCAAACCUCCAACGAAUGCGCUUUUGCCGAUUGAUUUGACAAAAAAAUUACCAUCGAUCGAGACUCCUACGACAUCCGUUUCUUUGGAAAGUGAAGAUAGCACUGGUUCGAACAAAGAACCUAGUACGGAUACACCGGCGGAGGCGCCUACGACGUCGGAUGAUGGUAGUGAAUCUAAUAAGGCAGGUUCGCCGCCAGAGACUCCUACGACGCCGGAUGCUGACUCGGCUACAGAUGCGUCAACGAAGACCAAAUCUGCAACGAAUGCGCUUUUGCCGAUUGAUUUGACAAAAAAAUUACCAUCGAUCGAGACUCCUACGACAUCCGUUUCUUUGGACAGUGAAGAUAGCACUGGUUCGAACAAAGAACCUAGCACGGAUACACCGGCGGAGGCGCCUACGACGUCGGAUGAUGGUAGUGAAUCUAGUAAGGCAGGUACGCCGCCAGAGACUCCUUCGUCGGCGGAUGCUGGUAGCGAAGCUAGCGUUACGACGGAAUCCUCUUUUUUAUUACGGACGUCCGGUUCAUCUGAUGAAACGCCAGCGCAUACCCCUACGCUUCCACUGACACAAUGGAGCCCCCCUCCGGUGCUUAGGGCCCCUGCGAGAGUUCCAAAGUCACACUCUGAACUUUCCGUGUCGGAUAGCUCUUCAUCACAGACAGGGUCUUUCAAUCCUCCACACUCGCUGCAAUUGUCUAAAACUCCAGAGUCAUCCCCAGAUUCUCCAGAGGAUGUUAUGGGUAUUCCUGCACCAGUGACAAGUGACCCACGAACGAGCACUAGACCGACGCCAACUACUGCUUCGUCGACUCCAACUCCAAAUAAACCAAGCCCAAGUGUAUCAUCUUCGAGCACAAGUGGUGCGAGCUCGUCUGAUUCGCCGGACUCGCCCGAGCCGAGUACCGAUACCGCUCCAGCAGCGGCUUCGCGCAAGCCAACGGCAUUAGACGACAAUACUCCGAGUCCUGCACCGGUGAAAAGAGCUCCUGCGUUGAAGGUAGACUCGGCCAAAACUCAUGAUGACGGCAAUGAUGUUUCGCAAACGGAACAAACGUCACUGGAAAUGUCCCCGUCUGAGUUGAAUAAGCCUAGUCCGGCACCAGUUACUAGGUCGCCUCCGUCGAAGGCGAUUAUGAUGCCUCCGUCGAAGGCGAUUUCAAUGCCUCCGUCGAAAGCGAUUUCAAUGCCUCCGUCGAAAGCGAUUUCAAUGCCUCCGUCGAAAGCGAUUUCGAUGCCUCCGUCAAAGGCGAUUUCAAUGCCUCCGUCUUUAGGGUCGUCUGACUCAAUGGGGACGGUGAUGCCUGCUGAUAUAUCUGACAUCACUGACUCGGCAGCAGAGAAAGUAGAGAAAGUAAAGGAAGUAGAGGAAGCAGAGGCAAUCACGAAGCAAAUUGAUUCAGGCGGCCGCAAUGAAGCAGACGAGAACAUGAUCAAGGACAACGACAUGAUUUUGCUGGGUGACACGGGCUCUAUGAUCACAUAUUUGGAUGGAAACAAAGUUACAACAUUUGAGAAGUACAACCGUGGUGUCGACGAUCUGCAGACCAUUAGAGAUGAAGACGACUCAUACAACAACAUCAUUGUUGGUGGCGGUAACCGGUCGAAUCUACCACCCGGUGCUUCGAUCUCACUGUCUUCCGCGUCACAAAAGAUGCAGAACACGCUGCUCUAUACUAGCUACACCCUUGGAGCUGUAUCCACAGUGCUGCUGAUGUUCUUUCACCUGCUGGCUCUUCAUCGCCCACCAUGGCUGGGUGGAAGCGGUGACCAGGGUGGAGGUAACGGUCGUACCAGCAUGGGUUGGCUCACUCCUAAUGUGUGGGAACUUAUUGUAGUGGUUGGGUACAUUCAACACAUUAGCUCCAUUUCGAUGCUGGAGCUGACGAAAGCGCCACAGAUCGUGUUGGAUUUCACAGAUUCGUUCUCGUUUGCAAACCUUCACCUCUCGUCGGUGACAACUACUGCCGUUUCUAAAGGCUCACGCAGAUUGCAGCUGGUCAUCUUGACAGGUAUUGUCGCCUUCUCUGACCGCAUCGGCGUCGACGAGAAUGAAGUACUCUUGACCAUGUUUUGGUUCUUGCUGGUAGCUAUAGCCAUCUUGGGUGUGCUCUUCGCUUCAGCUGCUGGAUUCACAUUUUACCGCCAACAUUUGUCGGCAAGCACUUGGUCAGCGUUCUCAGCAGCUUUGCGCAGCAGCUUUGCCAUGUGUGUAGUGGGCCUGGGUGUGGCAGCAUGGGUUCUCAGCGUUUUUCCACUUGUGGUCAUGUCUUCGUACGAAUUGGUCAUGCAGUUACGCUACCGAGUUGGAAUUGGUCUUGCUGUGGCAUUGUUCUCUUUGUGGGCCGUCGUGGCGGGCGGACUAAGUUAUGCGUUCGUGAGCGUACGAGCCAUCCCGUUGAAAGAUGCGUUCCGUUUUAAGCAUUUUGCAGUGUGGGGUUCACUUUACGGAGAUAGUAAGAUGGUCUUCCGCUACUUCUUCGUGGUAACAGUGAGUUUCCAGAUUCUCCUCGGCGUAAUUACUGGCGCUGUGUCGGGCAUGCCAGCCCAACUCGUGGCGUUAAUGGUGACGCACCUGCUAUUCGUAGUCAUUGCGCUUAUCAUCCGCCCGUUUGCGGAUCGCUGGGUGCUAAGUGUCGUUGUGAGUCUUCGUGUCAUUGCGAUUGCAAACUUGCUUUGCAGUUUCGCGUUCCUUACGUCAAGUUCACUAAGUCUUCACUGGCGUGGUAUUGUGGCGCAGAGCUUCGUGGUCUUCAACGCGAUUACGCUCAUUUUGUUCUUUGCGCGUUACAUUGCCAUGUUUGUGUUGGCGUUGAAGCGCUGGUCGAGCUUUACUAGUCGUGAGAGUGUCGAGCGAUACGAGAUGACACAGCGGCUCGCACGUUCCUACAAUGACCGAACGCCGAUCUUCGUGACACACGAUUUACGCAACCACCACCAGCUCCACGACGGUGGAAGGUUCAUUGCUUCGGGUGCAGGGUUUACGCCGACCACACGAGGCCCAGAGUACUCGUCCAGGUACUCAUCCGACUAUUCUGAUCGACAUGUAUAUUCGUCUAGACAGCGGUACGCGCCGACACCUCUCGGAUCGUCAUAUUCCCCGGACUCGCGUGUCCAUGAGCAGUCACAUUAUCACUAA